AUGAGAUCCGCAACCCUCGUGCCGGCCCUGCUGGCCAUCGCCCAGGCCGCGACAGUCCCCCAAGCCGCCGCUCAGGCCGCCGCCGUGGUCACGGUCUCGGACGAGACUCUCGACCAGGCCAUCGCCGAGCCCCUCGUCAACAACGUCGACGGCCCCGUCCAGGGCCGCGACCCGAGCUCCUUUAUCUCCUCCGUUAUCUGGGAGCGCAAGUGGAACACGCAGUACUCCACCGUCGCCUACAACGACGCCGAGUCCUGGGCCGCCAUCGAGCUCGAGGCCGCCGCCGCCAUUGAGCUCGAGGCCGCCGCCGCCCUCGAGGGCUCCGACCCCGAGGAUGCGGACGCGGACGCCGAGAGGCUCGUCGAGGCCCGGGCCCGGGACCUCGCCGAGAUCGCCAAGGGCCCCGGCCGCGUCAACGUCACCCAGCCCAUCGCCCCCGACUUCCACCGCGGCAUCACCAAGGACCAACUGUGCGCCUACUUCCACGGCAUCGCCUGGAAGACGGGCGAGCUGCAGCGCCCCGUGUACCAGUGGCAGUACGAAUACGUCCCCUGGCUCGUCCAGAACAAGGGUCCUUACAUCUACGUCCUCGAUGGUCUUCGGUACAUCGAAUGGACCUUGGCCAAGAUCGAACGAGCCCUGCAGUACACCACCAACUUCACCCCUUGGGAGGAGCGCGACAUCAUCCGCUGCUACUACCAGUUCUCCGGCUUUGAGAGGCAGGUAACACGCACCCCCAGGGUGGCCCCGGCCCCGGCCCCGGCCAGCCUCGUGGUGCCGAGGGAGGAGGCCGUCCCCACGGCCACGAUCCCCGGCAUCUAUCCCCACCCGACCACCCCGAUGAACUUCGAGGCGCCGGAGACGGAGGUAAUCCCCCCGGGCCACGGCAAGGGCCCAAGCAAGGGCCCCGCCAAGAGCCACCGCGGUCCCUUCGGCCCCUGGUUCCUCCCGCACCCCUCGCUGAAGAAGCUCCUCCGCAUCAUCACGGCCAAGGCACCCGUGUCCAGGUACCAGUCGUACGCCAACAGCCGCAUCCACAACGUCCUGCAGAACCUAGAUCGCUCCACCAGUGGCGCCGUCGCCGGCCUGCUCCGCAAGCUUCAGACCCCCGAAGCCAAGGGGUCCCUCAUCUACGACACCGUGGAGGGCCAGGGCCUCAGGAAGGCGCUGGCCGAGGCCGUCAGAGCCUUCGAGGUAUAG